AUGAUCACCAUAAUUGCAAUCACAAUACUUGCAGCAGCAGCAACUCCGCUAUCAUCUGCAACUCCGCCACCGACAACAUCGAAAUACUCAGCAGUAGCAGCUCCUCCAGGAGCACCACCUUCUCCCUCACCAUCGCCCUCACCACCACCGCCUUUCUUAUCAUCAUCACAAUCAGCAAUCGCAUCGUCUCCAGCGUCACAUUCCUCAGCAAGUUCUCCAUCAUUGUCAAUAUCACCACCGCCAUCCUCACCGCAUCCACCAUCAAUAUCAUCAGCACGUGCUCCACUAUCGCCUUCACCAGCAAAAUCCUCACAGCGCCACCAUCUACACCAGCGAUAUCGCAGUCUCUAA